AUGUCAAAGCCGCUCUCACCCAGACAUUCACCUACAAAAUAUCCCGUCCAGGCCCAAUUCUUUAGCUGGUAUGGUAUAUCGGUGACACAAAAAGCUAUGAUUCCUGUACAUGCCGCCCUUCGAGACGUCCUGCGAGCAGAACCUCUGCCCUCGUCUAACAACCGACUUGGCCAAGACACGCCUUUCGAUCGAUUAGGUGGUUCACCCAAGGCAUUCAAGGCUUCUGCGAAGCCGGACCAUCUGUUGAAUGCGAGAUAUCGUUCUCAUCCUAUCCCGAGAUUCGAAGGCGAAGGCGUGCCUCCUUUGUCCCUUCUGUUCGAGAAUGGAGAGCUGAAAGUAUACGAUGAAGCUGAGAAUCAUUCUACGAAAGUGCCUGGACGGUGGUUAAGGGAUAAUUGCUCCGACAGCCGAAAUCACGAUACUGCCCAGCGGCAGAUCAAUGUCUUCAGGGGAGAUAUCAAUACCGACAUCGCCAACUGCGAGAUUGCCGGCGACUACAUCACCGUCACUUUCGGCGACGGCCACAAGAGCAAGUACCCAGUUGCGUCAAUUCUCAAACGGAGAGGGUACAAGAUGACACAGGCUCGAUUUGGCAUUGCACCGAUAUCCAUAUGGGACGCAGACAUUGCAAGGGCACCUCCUGCUGUACCGUACUCGGCAAUGGUCCACAAAGCUGGGAUGGCCUCGCUGUUGCAUAAGAUUCGAACAUGGGGAUUCUGUGUGGUUGAGAAUAUGCCUGCUACGCCUCAGGCUACUGAACAGCUUCUUGAAUCCAUUGGACCGAUACGAAACACUCACUACGGCGCCUUCUACGACUUUACUGCCGACCUCUCUUCAAAAGACACAGCUUAUACAAGCGAAGCACUAGAGCCUCAUACUGACAACACCUACUUCACCGAACCUGCAGGACUCCAAGCCUUACACAUGCUCUCACACACGGAAGGCACCGGAGGCGAAAGUUCCCUCGUUGAUGGCUUUGGCGCAGCAGUCCAACUCUACGUCGAAGAUCGCGAAGCGUACCUCACCCUCAGCGAGACAGGCGUCUACGCUCACGCCAGUGGAAACGACGGGAUCAGCAUCCAACCCUCGCAAGCCUUCCCAACGCUCUCCCACGACCCAGAACUGGGCUAUCUCACUCAAGUCCGCUGGAACAACGCCGACCGUGCUGGCGUCGCCGCUGACUAUGAUGCACUGGAUCAAUGGUACGACGCUGCGGGCAAAUUCGACAAAAUCCUCAAUGAUCCCAAGAACCAGUACUGGUUCCAGCUAGAGCCUGGCCAGACGCUGCUUUUUGAUAAUUGGCGAGUCUUGCACGGACGAGCUGCUUUCACAGGCAAGAGACGAAUGUGUGGUGGUUACAUCCCAAGAGACGACUUUAUCUCCAAGUACCGCAUAAUGUGUCUGAGCGCAGAGGAUAUCAACUUCUCGACAGUGACGGGAUGA